AUGGACAGCGAGAGUAUGGCAUCGGCACUGCAGCUGUUGCUUGAGGCAGAGGGGGCCGUUAUCCACUCUGCACUGCAGGUCCGUGCGCUGCCGUCGAUGGGCGGCGGUAUGGGUGUGGUGCUCACCGAAAAGCUUGGCGCUGGCACCCUUUUAGCGCGCUUCCCUUUUCGAUCCAUGAUCACGGUGCGCAAGGCGCGAUUUAACUUGGCAAUGGCGGAGGUCGCGCUUGAGCUUCUCGAGAGUCAAGAGGUGACAGCGUCUACAAGCGGUAAUAGUAAAGGGGAUGACAGGGCUAUGGGGCUAGGGAUGGAUGCCGACGCUUUGCGUGCCAUUCCGUUCGCCUCACGUGUGUGGUCCGGGUCCGAGUUCGAGUCGCGAGUGCGUUCGCAGCUCCUGCGCCAAGCCAUUGACGCCAAGGUGGAGGAGCUGGAGGAGGUCCUCGACAGCACCGAGACCAUCGUGUGCUAUGUGCUCCUCAUGGCAUCCCUCUACGGUCGCUGGUCUCACCACGCGUGCCUCUUGAGGAGGGGUGCAGAUGAGGAAUCUUCCGCUCUAGCGACGGCGGACUGUCCUUCUGAAGCUGGAUCAAGGCAGGCACCUACACUGCACUACACGCACGAGAACGCGUGGAUGCGGAUGUGGAUUCACGCGCUGCCGAUGCAGUAUGAUAACCUUCUCGAGCUUGUCCCGGAGCAGGAAGACUCACCGCACUGUUCACCACAUCACGGCACAGUGCUGGAUAGCGCGGCGCAUGAGCCGGAUGUGCUGUCUGGGGUUGCAACAACGGUGUCGCCACCUCAAUUUCCUCUUGCUCGUGGCUCAGUCUGCGCCGCGUCGUCUGAAUGGCUCCGGUCGUACAUCUCACUGCGCCGCUUUCAAGCGAGUGUGAUGCGCGAGCAGCAGGCAAUUCAGCGGCGCUACGUGAAGUGCUGUGCGGCGCUGCGGUGCCUGCGGUGUCUGCCAAGGGGGGUUGAGGUGGCGUCGGAGUCGGAGGGGGAGCGGCAUGGCGCACUGGCGCCUCAAAGUGGUGAGGUUGUUAAGUGUGGGCCUUCGCUUUCUUCGAGCCAACAAGACCCUAGUGGAUGUGGCCAUGGCGCCGCGUGCACACUCGGUCAGUUUUUGUGGGCAUUUAACACGCUGAUGAGUCGUGGCUUUUACUUCCCCGAGGAGACGUGGGCGAUGAUGCCGUUUGUCGAUUACUUCAACUACGCCUUGGAGUCGAACGGGACGAUGUAUCCACAAGAAGACGACCCCGAAGACCCGGAGUGCCUUACAAACGUCUUGUUGUCGAAGAGCAACCACAGCGGGGCCGCUAGCUCGGCACCGUACAAGCAACGGCGGCGCACUGGGCUGCGCACUGCCAGAGUCAGCAAGGCCGCGGUGCCGCUUGCCAACUACCAAACAUACGAGUUUCAGCUCGUUCAGUCGACUUGCACACCCAGGGAGCAGGUGAUGCUGCACUAUGGUACUUACUCAGACGUGGAGCUACUCAUGUGGUACGGGUUCACCUUGCGACCUUCACUGUUGCCUGUGCCACAGAUCUCCGCCGCGUCGGAGGGCUGUAAGAAGGGGAUCAUACCGGUAGUGCCUCCGUACUUGGGUGACGCUGACGGCUCCUUGAUGCAAGCUGCGCACGGGCUUCGGCUGGCGCUUUUUCAGUUGGUCUCCGCCCCAACACGCAUGACCUACUACCGGCGGUGUGUUGCGCCGUUUCAUCGGUGCGACGAUGCUGAGAAGGAUUCGGACGAGGAGGCAGCGUACAAAGCUUGGCUCGCCGCGCUCCAUUGUGCCUAUCGCCUGCCACUGUCUCCCAUCGCUAACGCUGAGGGAAGCUAUCCAGAGACCACACCUGGGGCCACGUGGCUUGACGAGCUGCUGAGGGCGUUUGCUCAAACGCCGGUAAUAGCAGCACCCCACGAGGAUGCAGCGCCCGAGGACGAAGCUGCCUAUCGCAUCGAUGCGUGGAUGCGAUGGUGGGGCAGCGAGCGAUGGCCCGUGUUCGCCGCGUCGGCGUUCCCAAACAUCGCCAAAGGAUGUGCCUUGGGAGUGCUUGGUUUGUCUUCGGUCCUUCACGCUGCACUUCACAGCAGCUUCUGGACCCCUAAUCCAAAGCAAAUCUCGCUGAGCCUGCAGGAGCGCCUGCUUGUGGUGCGCGGUUUGGCGUGGGCGGAGCUGUACGUGAACACGACAACUACGGCGCAAGCAGAAGAGCUGAUGGCAUCCUCUGGCCCUGCAAGCACGGCCGCUGCUGAGUUCGCCCGUACGGUGUCUGUGGAUCAGUGGACAUUGCUGCGCUUUCUCGCCCUGGAGAGCACCGACGCCGCGCUGGAGGAGUACGUUGAGUACACCUUGGAGAGCGAGCGGUAG